AUGGCUUCUGGUAGUGGUAGAGGAGAGGGAGUUGGAGAGCACCGCCCCAAUCCAAUUGUUCGCGUAGUUGGUGUCAAUGGUCCGCUGUUCGUAUGUGAGGACUCGUCGGUCUUGUCAAAGUUUCCGCAGAUGUACAAAAAGGACUAUUCUGGUCCUCACCUAGGCGUCGAGGAGUUGGAGUACCUGAGUGAGUUCGUUUCUAUCGAAUUCAUCACAGCAGAGGACAGGCAAUAUUGGGCCUCUCUACGUAUGCGACAUGAGUUUUCCUGCCGUGUUUACAGACAUUUAACAGAUAAAAUGGGUCUCUUUCUCCGGCACGGGAGCCAGUUUGGUGCGGCCUUCAUCGGCUACCGCGAUCUAAAAGACCACGGAAAUUGUUUGGUGUAUUUUGGACCGUUAUCCCAACUGUCAGCUACUGCUGCGGCUCGCGUGGCAGCAAGCGUGGGAAAAGAGGCGUGGGUAGUGGAAGAGUUUCCAAUUAAGGCGACGGGUUGCCUGUCAGUAUCAAAGAUUGAAAGUUACUGGGGACCUUCAGGGCAGGGGGGUAAUAGUGUCUGUGGAGAUAAAGGCGGGAAGUGCGUAAAGAAACGGCGAUUAAGUUAUACUCCCAUUGUUCAAUUGUGA